AUGAAACAAAGUAUUGAGUUCGCAUGUUUUAUCAAAAUUUUUAUGUUUAUCAUUUUAAUUUGGACAUGUCAUUUUUACAGUAACAUGAGUAGGUUUAACAAAAUUUUGGAUGAAAAGCAUGGCUCUGAUAAAAAACUAUAUAAACGAAUUUAUCGAUUAUUAGGAAAAUGUGAAAAGACUAUUUUUGCAAAUGUUGGAGAUUUAGAAUUAAAUAUACCAUAUAAUACAAAAAGGAAGAAUGAAGAAAUAUUUACAGUUGAUAAUGAAAAAUUUCAGAAGGAAAAAAAAGAAAAAUUAGAUAGAAGCUUAUUAUAUAAGGAAAAAUUGAUUAAGCAACUUAUGAAAAAUAAAUGUACCAUGCUACAUAAAUCAUAUAAUCAUUAUGAAAAAAAAAUAAUGAAUGGACUUGAUGAUAAAGCUUUUUUUAAAAAAAUGAUUUUAAUUAAUAAUAAGAAUUACAAAAAAUUAAAACGCAAAAAAUUCGGACUACGCCUUUGUUUACUUUUCAUUUUGUUCGUGGUGGUAUUAGUGAUACCUAUAGUAGAUUUAUCAUUUGGAAAAUUUCAAGAAGCGGGUAAUUUACUUGGAAAAUUAUGUGGCUUAUCAGGACAAGAUAGCCUUCAGCCUGUAGAGAGUGAGGUUACUAGAGGUUUUUGGGCUAAUUUGUUUUUCUCUAUAUGCAAUAAUAAUAAAAUUAUAGGAUAUAAAAUAUUUGGUGUUCUAAUAUAUUGUUUACCUAUCAUAAUAUUGGGUAUAAUAAUUAUAAAAGGAAUAUAUUAUUAUUAUAAAAAUGUUAUAAAACACAAAAAAAUUAAGUACGUGGAAGCUUUCAAUGAAUGGUAA